AUGCCAAUGGGACUCAAAGGAGCACCAGCAACGUUCCAGAGGAUAAUGGAUGACUUCAAGAAGUAUAUAAGAGCAAGAGUCUUCAUUUAUAUCGACGAUCUUAUCAUAACCUCUGAAACCCCAGAAGAACAUUUGGCGAAUAUCGAUGAAGUACUGGGAAAGAUCGAGAUAAUUGGCAUGAAGCUGAAGGCGUCGAAAUGUAAAUUUGCAAAGGAAGAGAUCAAGUUUCUGGGAUUUAUCCUGAGCAAAGAAGGAAUAAGGCCCAACCCGGAUAAAACCAAAGCCAUCGACGACUAUUCGCAGCCAAUUAAUCCAACAGACGUCAAAUCCUUUUUGGGGAUGUGUUCGUUUUUCCGGAGAUUUGUGCACAACUUCGCAGCCAUUGCAGCACCACUCAUUGCAUUGACGAAGAACAAUACCUCUUUUGAGUGGACACUGCAGUGCGAGGACGCUAUGAAUCGCUUGAAGAAAGCACUGACAUCUGCACCCAUUCUUGCAGCACCACGACUGGGGAAGCCUUUCAUCAUAGAAACAGAUAUUUCGGCAAAAGGCAUUGCGGAAGUUCUUAAACAAGAACAGGAAGGUCUAGAGCGAGCUAUCGCCUACGCGAGCCGUACUUUAAGCAAACACGAAGCAAGAUAA